UGCACAAGAACACGUCGCACAAUACUCUGCCAUCGUGUUCUUUCUGCUGCUCAAAGAGGAGUAGAAGACCGGUUCAAGAUGGCGGCCGACCUUCCUGCGCCCCAGCACCCAAUGCGGCAUCUAUUCAUGGGAGUAAUCUAUUCAUGUGUGACGUCUACGGCUCAGGCUGGAAGGCGAAAAAGAGCAAGAUGGCGGAGUGAGCGACGUGGCUUUUUCAGGGAAGUUUCGCAUUUGCGGUCUUACAGAUAUAUAGACUCAAAUACAGCAUCAUAUAUCGCAGGAUUUGUCUUUUCCAAAGCCCGUGGAACGGAAGUCGGGUUUGGAGCGAUGGAGUGUUAUCUGAAGUGAAGAUUGAAGACGUGAUAGAAGAUGGACGACUACUGCUAUGCUAAGAUGGCGACGUCCGCUAAAAGAGAACAUGAAAGAGAAUCAGCGCCACCAACUUCCAGCAAAUCACCAACGGAGAUAAAGACGAAAGAUGAAGACGUCCAACAGCUGAUCAGUCAUCCAGAAGAACUUUCCCCUCAGUCAGCAGGACGGAGGUCCACUUUGAAGCAGGAGACUCCACAGUCACCCCACAUUAAAAAGGAAGAGGAGGAACUCUGCAUCACUCAGGAGGGAGAGUGUCUUCUAGGACCGCAGGAGGCUGAUCUCACCAAGUUGCCACUGACUGUUGUCUCUGUGAAGACUGAAGAUGAUGAAGAGAAACCACAAGCAGACAACCUCUUAGCUCCACUAUCAGAUAGUGAGGCUGAAGAUGAGGUUGAAGUAACUUUGAGCAGCGAUACAGACCCUGAAGAUAAUAUGAGAACUCACACUUAUAACAAACAUUCUCAAUGCUCUGAAGAGAAGAGAAGUAACAAAUGUUUUAGCUGCAUAGUUUGUGCUAAAUGUUUUACUCACAGGAGCAAUUUGGCUAAACACAUGAAAACGCACACAGGAAAAAAAACAUUUAAUUGUUCAGUUUGCACUAAAAGCUUUAAUAAAAAGUACAAUUUUACUCAACACAUAAGAACACACACAGGAGAAAAACCAUUUUAUUGUUCAGUUUGCGAUAAAAGCUUUACUCAAAAAAGCAGUUUGACUCUGCACAUGAGAACGCACACAGGAGAAAAACCAUUUAUUUGUUCAGUUUGUGGUAAAAGCUUUACUAUAAAAAAUAGUUUGACUGAACACAUGAGUACACACACAGGAGAAAACACAUUUACUUGUUCAGUUUGUGGUAAAGGCUUUUCUCGUAAAUAUAAUUUGUCUCAGCACAUGAAAACACACACAGGAGAAAAAUAUUUUACCUGUUCACUAUGUAGCAAAGGCUUUUCUCAAAAGGGCAGUUUGACCAUACAUAUAAGAACACACACUGGAGAAAAACUGUUUUAUUGCUCCGUUUGUAGUAAAAGCUUUCCCCGAAACAGCGAUUUGACUCGACACAUGAUAGCACACACAGGAGAGAAAGUGUUUGAUUGCUCAGUUUGUGGUAAAAGUUUUUCUCGAAACGGGGAUUUGACUCAACACAUGAGAACACACACUAGAGGAAAAACAUAUUCUUGUUCAGUUUGCGGUAAAAUCUUUUCUCAAAAGAACAGUUUGACCGUACACAUAAGGAGACACACAGGAGAGAAACUGUUUAAAUGCUCGGCUUGUUGUAAAAGCUUUCCUAAAAAGUGUCAUUUGAUUCGUCACAUGAGAACGCACACAGGAGAAACACCUUUUCGUUGUUCAGUUUGCAGUAAAAGAUUCCGUUACAAUACAGACGCAGUAAGACACAUUAGAACACACACAGUAGAAUAACUAUUUAGUUUGUGGUACAGUGGAACCUCGAUUUACCAACUCCUCUUUUUGUGACCCUUUAUGGUUUAAAAACCUGUGCGAAUCAUGUCUCCACGUAUGAACGCUUCAUUCAUUCAUUUUGCAUGCAGUUUGAAGCCAUCAGAGGCUGCCAUUUUGAUGACAUCUCUUCCUGUAGAUGCGGGCACAGCCAUUUUGAAGGAACAGGGCCCCCCAUGUCACAUCCUGUUUACAUCCUGUUUACAUCCUGUUUACAUCCUGUUUACAUCCUGUACACACAGGCACGACCACGGCGAGCGGCACUUCUGACUUGUUUAUCUCCACAAUUGUCAUACUCAUGCAUGUAAGACAUUAAUUUUCCCGUCAAAAUAUCAC